CUGUCAUUAUUGUGUGUUACCCGAUGUUACCACACAUGUAUUUUGUUUUUGUUUACAUUCUGAAAUUGUUUUGCGUCAAGUAGAAGAGAAAAAUGGAUUUCCCAAUUAAAAGAGAAGUCGGGGAACCGGCCGAAAAUUUUAUACUUUCGACUAGCGAACACGAGCACAUAACUGCUCCAUUCCGUCUGGAAUGCUCCAAGAAAGGAAUAAUUGUUUCGGUACAGAACGGAUUCAUCAAGAAAGAAAUUAAACAAGAGCCGAAAAAUAAUUAUGACAACGACCAUUCAGAGUUCGACGAAGAAUACCUUGACGAAGAUAGUGAAACGGAAUACACACAAGAAGCCAGUCAGACGCACACCAGGGAAUCGAACAGUUGUGGUAAAAACAGACAGGCGCGAACAUCUCCAGCCCAAAUACAAAAGCUGGCUGACUUUAUGAACAAUAAAGGCAAACAACCAGAUUCAGAUGAAGCGCUGCGUAUUUUGACAGACGAGUUGAAUGCGAUAGGUCCACCGAUCCGCACGACCGCUCAGUGGAGAAGAACAUGGUCGAUCAUGAAAUACAACAAUAAACGGAAACGACGAGCCGUCCUUGAUGAGAGUGAGACAUCGAAACGAUUACGAUUAGAUCAAAACGACGAUGCGGAUGCUACAAAUUCCACAAGUUCAAAGACUCAUGAUACCAACGAAGAAGACAUUCCCAAUACCAACGAUCAUUUUCAUUCGGAAAUGGUAAAGGCAAUGAAUUCAGUGCUGCAGCAACAGACGAAACAGACCAUUCAAUUGGAAAAAUUGAACAAAAACUUGGAAAAGCUGAUUGGCGUUCUGGCGGAGAAAAUUACUUGAA